CUCGCGGGUCCGUAUCUCCUUGUUUGUUUACUCUUCUUUCUCAGGAACAGACCAUCGUCUUUUUGUACCUUUGUAUCUGUUGCUUUUCAUCACUUCCCUUGAUACCCCAAAUUGUCUCGAGUCAAUAAUCCCAGCCGGCCCAAGAUGACGACCGAGUCUAAGAGAGGGUAUGCCUCGUCUUUCGAGGCCAAUUCUGAGGACCUCCACCUCCAGUCCAAAAUCCGCAUUCUCCGCAUGGUGGAUGGCGCCAGGGUGGGCCUCACCGUGCUUGCUCUCUCGAUGGGCAUCACCAUCCUUGGUGUCUCAGGGGACGCCCUCGCCGUCUACGACACCACUCAUGUUCCCCACGACUUCCUCCUUCCGCUGUGGCCAGAUCAGUUCAACCUGCGGCCGACUGUGGCUCUGGUCGUGGGCAGCGCCAUCGUUGUCGUGGCCAAUGCCGUAUCGCUGCUGUUCAGCAAGGUCCAGUCUCUCCGCGGCAAGGUGGCAAUCCACACCUCUCUGACCUUCGCCGCUCCCCUCGUCGGCCUGAUCGCCGCCAUAAUCGCCAUGGUCUUCUUCUACGCCGUCAACGCAUCCGCGACUAACGACACGCUCCUCAGCUGGACGUGCCGGUGGAAGGCGGUGCCCAUGCUGCAGCGGCCGCACUUCGACACCCUCUGCAAGGAGAGCUGGGCGGGCCUGUACAUGUCCAUCCUGCUCGUCCCCGUUGAGGCCCUCGUCCUGGCCGUUGCCGUGUGGCAAAUGAAGCAGGAGAGGCACACAAACGCCUACGUGAGCGCCCGGAAGGGUGCUCCGACCAUGUCUUGAAUCUAGUGCUGUGCUGCCGGGGCUAUGGCUGCGUAUUACCGGGCGGCUGUAUAUGAGGGGCAGUGACAGUUUUCUGGUGGAAUCUGAAGAAGCAUCCAUAGCGGGGUGGACCGACCGAGGCAAUGAGGCGUUGGUGGUUGGGAAUUAUCAUUACAUGUACAAUCUUUAAUCAUGGCCGGUAUUCCAUGGUAUGCGUCCGUCCGAUCUAGUAACAGAACCGGCUCAGUUUCUGGAGGAGGGCAUAUUCGAACCCUUUGCGCAAAUCUGCUGUCGUUGUCUUCUUCCAUGAUAUUGACGAGGAGUCGCGACUAAUUCCCACUGAGUACUCCGUAGGAACCCAGUGUUUCAUGACGGAAG